AUGCCACUAAGUGCUAUGCCCAGGGGCCGCUCGCUGAGCCCGGUGUCCCUGUCCCGUAGUCUUUCGAGGCUCCGGGAGUUUCGGACUCGGACCCGCAUCAUGCUUUCUCUCGGAGUUUCACAGAUGGUCUUGGGAAGUCUGAUUCUGGCUGUCAGUUUCGCCGCUUUGGCUCUCACUACCUCGCCAAGGGUCAGACAUUCAUGUCCCUUCUGGGCUGGCUUUUCCGUGCUGCUGUCUGGCCUGAUUGGAGUGGUGUCCUGGAAGAGGCCUCUCUCGUUGGUGAUCACCUUCUUCAUGCUCCUGUCAGCGGUGUGCGUUAUGCUCAACCUGGCCGGGUCCAUACUGUCCUGUCAGAAUGCCCAGCUGGUCAACUCCCUGGAAGCCUGUCAGCUGAUCAAGUUUGACAGUGAUGGGGUGUGCGUGUGCUGUGAGAUGCAGCACCAGAACUCCGGCUGCAACAACCUGGGAGAGACACUGAAACUCAACCCCCUGAGGGACUGCAACACCAUCCGCCUGCGCCUCAAGGAGCUGUUGUUCAGUGUGUGUGCCCUGAAUGUCAUCUCCACCAUCGUGUGUGCCCUGGCCACCGCCAUGUGCUGUAUGCAGAUGGUCUCCACCGAUGUUCUGCAGAUGUUCAUGCCGCACCGAUCGCGCGGCCUCAACGGAGACUGCAUGACCCCGCACGGCACCAUCCUCCACCAGACCCUCGACUUUGACGAGUUCAUCCCGCCCAUCCCCCCGCCGCCCUACUACCCCCCGGAGUACACCUGCACCCCGGUGAUGGAGACGCAGAGGGGCCUGCACCUGGACUUCCCACACUCUCCCUUUAGCGCCAUCUAUGGAGUGCCCAUCAACAGUCCCGGGAUGCUCUACCCCUCAGAGUUACCCCCUCCCUAUGAGGCUGUGGUGGGGCAGACCCCUGCCAGUCAGGUCACCACCAGCCUCGAGCAGCAAGCCACAGAGUCCAGCCCCUGUGAGAGGAACACCACGGCUGACUUCAGCACUCAGGCCUCUGUGGACAGCGCCUCCCUCAUGGUGUCGGAGGUGGCGGACCUGCCUGACCACAGCUGCUCCUCGGAGGACCUGUGCUCCCUGGAGGUGCAGGGCUCGCUGCGCUCCACCUCCGACCUCUCGCCGUACGGCACGCUGCGCACCGCCGCCACCGACGGGAGCUGCACCAGCCUGGAGCACAGCGCCCGCUGCUCGCUGCGGCACCACGGCCCCGCCCGCAACGAGGACGACGAGGACGACGACGGCGGCGGCUUCAGCGAGUCCUCCCGCACGCAGGACCACUCGCCCGACUGGUCCUCGGAGAACAUCAGCACGCUGGAGAGGGAGGAGCUCGGCGUGGCCACGCCCGCGCGCUCCUGGGAGAAAGCAGGCGGCAGGGCGCUGGCCCCUCCCCCUCCUCCGCCCCCUCCCCCGCCCCCACUCCCUCCUCCCGCAUCCAGCCACGCCUCCGCGGCCCCGGCGAAUUCGGCGUGGGGUCCCCGACCUCCUGCCUCACCCUCCCCCUCCCCGCCCCCUCGGCCACGCGGCCACAAACUCUGCUUCAGCGUGUGGUCGCCCUCUUCCUCCUCCUCUUCCUCGGCCCAGCCUCCCUGCAGCUCCGCCCCCUCCGAGCGGCCCCGUCCGCAGCGUUCCGGCAGAAGGUACCGGAAGCUGGCCCGGAUCGUGCGCUCCACCAGCGAUCCCAUCUCUUGCACCUCAGUUUCCGGAAGUGAUAGCUGUGGAUGCGCCUCUGAAAGUAACCCACUCCCAGAAGAUUCCCCACAGACCUCACCUGAACCAGCUGCGUGUUCAGAGCACACGGCGGUGGUGGUGUCUUACCCAUCCUCAGCCAAGCACAGUGCCCCCGGUGGCAGGAAGCAGAAGGACGGCGCUAAGGUGGACAUCCGGCUCAAGCCUCGGGGCCUACACGCGGGCUCCUACGAGCGCCCACACUCCCUGGCUGACCUGCAGACCUACAAAGACACCAAAAUUCUGGUGGCCAAAUUCCUGGAGCACUCCAGCUGCAGUCUACCUCCGGAGGUCCAGCAGGUGGUCAACAGCAUCAAGUUUGUCAUAAAGUCUGAUGAGAGACACAUGGAGGAGGCCAUAUUCAGUGCCAAUAUUAUUGAUCAGAUGAUGACGCAGUCACAGCGCGGCACGAGCAGUCCCGGGAAGCGAGCCCACGACGACCUGCACUUGCAGAGCUGCGGGGCCCUGAGCUCCCCCUCCUCCUCCCUGCGCCGGCCCUGCGGCCCCUCGCCCCCGGCCCCCCCCCGACCCCCCGGGCCCCUCGCUCGCCGACCGGCCCCACAGCCUUGUCAGCGUGUGUCGGGAGACCAUCCUCUGACCGGGCCCGCCGACGCGCCGGGAUGCCGACGCCCAUAA